AUGAGCGCGCGAGGUGGUUAUCGUGAAAUUACGCAUCAUCUUAUAUUGUUACUGAUCGUCUGUCUUUCUGUCACAAAACCAUCUUCUCAUCCUCCCGUCUGCAAAAUUUCUCACACUAAAGAAGGGGUGUUUGUGUCCUGCGACACGGAUUCUGCAAGUGAUAUCAAGAAUAUUGCAAACCAGAACCACAUAUUAUCUUUGAAACUAUCCAAUAAUAACUUGACCACAUUACCAAAGGGAAUCUUUCAAAACUUCAAGUCGCUCCAAUACUUGUACCUAGACCAUAACAUAAUCAAAACUGUAGAAGAAGGUGCCUUUUGGAACCUUGAAGCUCUGCAAGUCCUCGAUUUGAGUUACAACAAAUUGGACAAGUGGAGCAACGAAUUGCUAAAAGACCUGCCAUCGAUGAAAGUACUUAAUCUUGACCACAAUAAUGAUAUCGAGAUAAAGAAAGCUGACUUGAUGACCAUGAAUUACACUGUUACUGGAGUCAAUGUCGCCGGCCAUAAAUGCAAAGUUUGYAAUCUUACGAAGGUGGUAAAUGUGACUAAAGCCAUGUUAGUACAGAAGAUGCUUGGUCAGUUUAUCAGGCAGUGUAUUUAUUACCCUAACAAGCAAGAAGACCAGAAAGCACAAGUAGAAAUCGAAAAAAUACGCAAGAAAUACGUAAUGUAUCGAGCCACGUGCGUGAAAAUCCCCCCYAAACAAAAGUCAUGUGAUGUCCACGUCACAAGUUUAAAAACCCUUGAAAAAUACUUUAAAGACCGCUGCUACCGUGGUGCACGUGUACUGAGGCCCAUUGUGUUUGUCGCUGGCUCGUUUGGUUUUGUUCUAAACCUGUUCGUUGUCUCGUCGAUUCUUUUUUUAAAGAGACUUCGUCAUAUGGUUCCUUUUCUUCUUGUCGCCCAUCUUUCGUUCUGCGACUUUCUAACUGCUGUGUACGCCCUCGGAACRGCCUCGGGACACGAAGUCUCUCCGGACUUUCAUGACAUCAGACAGUACCGAGAAUCGAACUCCAAGUGCGCAGUAUUCUGGGUAAUUUUCCUCCUUGGACAAACAUUAGGCGUCUUGACUUGUCUCCUAGUAACAGUGGAACGUUUCUUGGCAACGGUKUACUGUAUGAAGCCAGCGCUAAAGCUUGAAGCUCGAACUGUGUUUGUGAUCCUGCCAGUAUUCUGGKUGYUGGCACUACUCAUAGCWCUUCCCUUACAGCUGAUUGACUAUCAGAAGAUAACCAUCAACUUUAUGUGUGUCCUUCUCCGAGACUAYUCCAAGAAGAAAGGGUUCUUUGUCAGCCAGGGUCUCAUGAUCGCAUACCUUAUCCUCUACAUCAUCGUAGURAUUCUGUAUUGYCGAAUAUACAUGUUUGUCAGGAAAAGUUCUCGUCAAGUUAGUGUGAAGAGGGAGGCUAAGUUGGCUAAGAGAAUAGGAUUAAUCGUCUUUACUAACUUUGUAUGCUUUGCUUUGCCUAAUCUUUCUAUGCUCAUAUUCACAACCGCUGGCCUGUAUGCACCUCUUGAUGACAUUCCUAAUACCAUCAUACGUCGCUGGGUGCCUCCUAUGUUUCUUGUACUUAAUGCAUGUGCUAAUCCUUGCUUUUUUGCUUUUGGUAACAAGGUAUUUGCGUUGGCAGUUAAGCAGGCGUUACGCAGAAAGAUAUUAAAGUGGCUAGAUGAUGAAGCGCUUUCACGAGCGGGCUCAAAGGUUCAUCCUACCGAGAUGAAAACCGCAUCAACCGGUGGAUACACUAAGAGAGUAGAAAGUACCGCUGCUGCGCAUGCUUGAUAUGAUGCACCUUUCACUUAAUCCAUGCAUUUAUAAAGCAAUGUAUAAUAAUAUAUGAUAGUGACGUAUAAAAAGUAUUAACGCUGUAAUAAGAGACUUCUUUGAUCACAUGACUUGAGUAUAGACGUUUGUUUCUACCUACGUUUUCCCAUCAAAAAAGAAUAUUGGAAUUAUUCGGUAGGACACUCUCCAUUUUUGACAAAAAAAAAUUCGAGCUAGGCAUUCACAUGACACGUUCUAUUUAAACACUUAUAAUUAACAGCAAUUAUGGAUUUCGGCUGAAAAAAGACGCCCAAAAUAUCGAGGUUUGACUAAAAAAGACACCUUCCAUUGACAUGAUUUAAAAAACAGGCCCAAGUUAAAAUCUUUAAAGCCCAGGCACACAAAGACAUAAGCAUAAUCAUAAAACGAUAAGAAAACAAAAGGCAAAGGAAUAAAGUACGUGAAAAGUGCACGAAAUAAAUAUUCUUUACACAACCAUGGUCUUAAGGGUCUCUUAAGCCAUUAAGAGGCAAAAGAAACCAGGCUUAUGCCUAUGUAGAUGUGUGAAGCAGACUUGAGCCACCUGUGUGUUAUCAAAAUUAGACUAGUAUAUCAUACAUCUAAUGUAAUUCCAAGACGAUGGAAGUAUUAAAAUGAU